AUGGUGCGAGAGCCAUGUGUGGACUAUAAGGUGUUUGAGAUGGCACUUAGUAUGGCUCAGGAGGAAGAGAGCUGCCAAGAGUUUAGAAGUAAACAAAAGCAAACUCGUGAACCGAGUGCCUCAAGAUCUAGGAGGCCAGGCCAGGAGGACCAGAGUGCCUCAACAUCUAGGAGGCCAGGCCAGGAGGACCAGAGUGCCUCAACAUCUAGGAGGCCAGGCCAGGAGGACCAGAGUGCCUCAACAUCUAGGAGGCCAGGCCAGGAGGACCAGAGUGCCUCAACAUCUAGGAGGCCAGGCCAGGAGGACCAGAGUGCCUCAAGAUCUAGGAGGCCAGGCCAGGAGGACCAGAGUGCCUCAAGAUCUAGGAGGCCAGGCCAGGAGGACCAGAGUGCCUCAACAUCUAGGAGGCCAGGCCAGGAGGACCAGAGUGCCUCAAGGCAGCUGGCAGAGACACUCGCAGACUUGCCUGAAGAAAACUGA